AUGGACUCUUUGAAAACAAGAAAGGAUAGGAAACACAAACCGCGCCAAUAGAGUUAGGCGCCGAUGCAUAAUUAAACCUAAACAGAGAGAGAAGAAAACAACUCACACCCUUUAAAUUUAAAAACACUUGUGGUCCCUACCCUUAACAAUAUCUUCUUCACUACACCACCGUAACCAACGCUCAAAACAAGUCUUACAAAUAAAGGCACCACACCUACACCUACCCCACCCUAUCUCACAUUUUCCAUUUUCAAUUUUCAACUUUCAUUCCAGCGGGAACAUUUUUAGAGGGAACAAAAACACAACCCUAAUUUUUCAAAUCUCACACAUCACGCUAUAAAUACAACACAAAACUACUCACUCUAUCUUGCGUGAAAACUGUUCGACCAAAUUCCCCACCCAAAAAUCAUCUAACGCCGUUAACAAGAUAACAUCAUGUAUGUUGUUAAGAGAGACGGACGUCAAGAGGCGGUUCAUUUCGAUAAGAUAACGGCGCGUUUGAAGAAACUCAGUUACGGUUUAAGUACCGAACACUGUGACCCUGUUUUAGUCGCUCAGAAAGUUUGUGCCGGCGUUUACAAAGGCGUUACCACUAGUCAACUUGAUGAAUUAGCCGCUGAAACCGCUGCCGGCAUGACCGCUAAUCAUCCCGAUUAUGCUUCCUUGGCUGCUAGGAUUGCUGUUUCGAAUCUGCAUAAGAACACUAAGAAAUCAUUUUCUGAAACUGUGAAGAUUAUGUACAAUCAUUUCAACCAUAGAUCUGGGAAGAAAGCUCCGUUGAUUGCUGAUGAUGUCUAUGAAAUUAUCAUCAAGAAUGCGGCUCGAUUGGACAGUGAGAUAAUUUAUGAUAGGGAUUUUGACUAUGAUUACUUUGGAUUCAAAACCCUUGAGAGGUCUUAUCUGUUGAAAGUUCAAGGAGAAGUUGUGGAAAGACCUCAACAUAUGUUAAUGAGGGUUUCUGUUGGAAUCCAUAAGGAUGAUAUUGAAUCUGCUGUCAAAACUUAUCAUUUGAUGUCUCAGAGAUGGUUUACUCAUGCUUCUCCAACUCUUUUCAAUGCUGGAACACCUAGGCCUCAGUUGAGUAGUUGCUUUUUGGUGUGUAUGAAAGAGGAUAGUAUUGAGGGGAUUUACGAUACAUUGAAGGAGUGUGCUGUUAUUAGUAAAUCUGCAGGAGGAAUUGGUGUUUCUGUUCAUAACAUACGUGCCUAUGGCAGUUACAUUCGCGGAACAAAUGGGACUUCUAAUGGUAUUGUUCCUAUGUUGCGUGUGUUCAAUGACACUGCCCGUUAUGUUGAUCAGGGAGGAGGCAAGAGGAAAGGUGCUUUUGCUGUGUACUUGGAGCCAUGGCAUGCUGAUAUAUUUGAGUUCUUGGAAUUGAGAUUAAAUCAUGGAAAGGAAGAGCAACGCGCUCGAGAUUUAUUCUAUGCUCUUUGGGUUCCUGAUCUCUUUAUGAACAGAGUUCAGAGCAAUGGGGUAUGGUCCGUGUUUUGCCCCAAUGAAGCACCUGGUUUGGCAGAUUGUUGGGGUGAAGAAUUUGAGAAGCUGUAUACUCAGUACGAAACACAAGGAAAAGCAAAGAAGGUCGUUCAAGCCCAGACUCUCUGGUUUGCAAUUUUGAAGUCACAAAUAGAAACUGGAAAUCCUUACAUGCUUUUUAAGGAUGCUUGCAAUAGGAAAAGCAACCAGCAAAAUCUGGGCACAAUUAAGUCAUCAAACCUGUGCACUGAGAUAAUUGAGUAUACUAGUCCAACAGAGACUGCGGUGUGUAACCUUGCAUCAAUCGCACUUCCGCGAUAUGUAAGAGAUAAGGGUUUGCCUGUGGAAUCUCAUCAGUCUAAACUUGUUGGGAGCAGAGGCUCUAGUAAUCGGUAUUUUGAUUUUGUAAAAUUAGCAGAGGUUACUGCUGUGGUGACAACAAACCUUAAUAAAAUAAUUGAUGUCAAUUACUACCCAGUUGAAACUGCUGAGAGGUCAAACUUACGGCACAGACCCAUUGGUAUUGGAGUUCAGGGUCUUGCUGAUACCUUCAUACUACUAGGAAUGGCAUUUGAUUCACCAGAGGCUCAACAGUUAAACAAGGACAUUUUUGCGACUAUAUACUAUCAUGCCCUGAAAACUUCUUGUGAAUUGGCUGCAAAAGAAGGUCCCUAUGAAACAUAUAUUGGCAGUCCAGUAAGCAAGGGAAUUCUUCAGCCUGAUAUGUGGGGUGUGACACCCUCCAAUUUGUGGGACUGGCCUGCACUUCGGGAGAUGAUAUCAAAGACGGGUGUAAGAAAUUCACUUCUUGUUGCCCCUAUGCCAACUGCAUCUACCAGUCAAAUUCUUGGCAACAAUGAGUGUUUUGAACCAUAUACUUCUAACAUCUACAAUCGCAGAGUGCUAAGUGGUGAAUUUGUUGUAGUGAACAAGCAUCUUCUUCAUGACUUGACUGAAAUGGGACUGUGGAAUCCUGCACUCAAGAAUAAGAUUAUCUAUGACAAUGGUUCUGUACAGAAUCUAUCAGAAAUACCGAUCGAACUGAAAGGCAUAUACAAGACUGUUUGGGAGAUCAAACAAAAGAUAUUGGUUGAUAUGGCUGUUGAUCGAGGAUGCUACAUAGACCAGAGUCAAAGCUUAAAUAUACACAUGGAUAAAGCCAACUUUGGAAAGCUUACUUCCUUGCAUUUUUAUGCAUGGUCUAAGGGUUUGAAGACUGGUAUGUACUACCUCCGAACUCGAGCUGCAAGUGAUGCCAUCAAGUUUACUGUUGAUACAGCUGCCAUUAAAGAACAAUCUAAGGCUGAGGAGACAGAUGGAGAUGAUGAUACCAAGAUGGCACAGAUGGUGUGCUCUUUGACAAACAGAGAUGAUUGCUUGGCCUGUGGAAGUUGAUACUACACCUUGUAAGAUUUGCACCUAUCUGCAGUAACAAAUCACUUUACUGCAGAACAGCACCACCAUUCAAAGGCAUCAGAUGUCUACAUUCAAUUAACAAUCCAUACCCUAAAAUCAUCAAGAUUUCUGACAUGUCUUGAGUGCUUUGUAUAGAGUUUACUUUGUUGUUAAUUUCAUUUGCCUUCAUUGCUUCAUGAUGUAUUGUUGUAUUGCAUGUUAGGAAGUGUCACUUUAAGGUAUAAAUUUAUAUUUGAGAAUUUCAUGAUUAUAAUGUAUAAGUAUCUAAUAUCUA